AGCUGCAUUGCUAUGGCCAUCUUCUCACCUAAAACUUUGGCUCCCAUGUCCAAGAUUGGGGAGUGCAUUGACUUGGCUGCUGCCUCCUUCCUCCCCCUCCCCCGCAAACACCAACCUACCAUGUCCCUUCUCCCCUCUCCUCUCUGAGCUCAGCUGCAUCCAUCCAUCCAAACUACUCACAGAUGCCACUCUUCCUCAACCACCCUCCCAUUUAAUGCCCUCCACCUCCUCCUCAAGCCCAGGAUUCGGGAACCUGCUAGCCAUUUUUGCUCCAGGACAGUACAGCCAGAUGCUGCUGCUGCAGCUGCUGGGUUGCUGCGGUGGUCAGGUCACCCCGGUUCUUGAUUCUUGACGAAGGAUGGCAAUGGCGACCCCUACGACCAACGGCAGCUUCCUUCUUGGAUCAGGUGGCUAUCCCGGUGCCCAGAUUCUAAGCUUCUCCUCCUCAGGUCACAGCGGCAAUGGGUUGGAUUGUGGAAGCUCAGAUGUGGCAAGAAUGCAGGGGGUUUUAGCAAGGGUUAGGGGGCCAUUCACACCAACACAAUGGAUGGAGCUGGAGCACCAGGCUCUGAUCUACAAGCACAUUGUGGCGAAUGCGCCGGUACCGGCCGGCUUGCUCCUCCCCAUCAGGAGAAGCCUCCAUCCACCAGUGUUCCCACACUUCUCCUCUGGUGGCAUUCUUGGCUCCAGCUCCUUGGGAUGGGGGUCAUUUCAGCUGGGCUAUUCUGGGAGUGCUGACUCCGAGCCCGGGAGAUGCCGUCGAACCGAUGGCAAGAAAUGGCGGUGCUCGAGAGACGCAGUUGUCGACCAAAAGUACUGCGAGCGGCACAUAAACCGGGGUCGCCACCGUUCAAGAAAGCAUGUGGAAGGCCAAUCUAGCCAUGCCGCAAAAGCAACGGUUCCCGCCAUAGCACAACCACCCAUUGGUGCAUCUAAUGGCAAAUUGUCAGGCAGCCAUGGUGUGUCAAAUGAGCUCACGAAAACCUUGGCUACUAACAGGAUGAUGUUGGAUAAAGCAAAUCUUAUUGAACGCUCCCAGGACUACACUAAUCAGCAACACAACAUCCUACAGAACAACACAAAAGGUGAUAAUUGGUCUGAAGAGAUGUCCUCACAAGCAGACUAUGCAGUAAUCCCUGCUGGCUCUCUCAUGAACACACCGCAAUCGGCGAAUUUAAAUCCAAUUCCCCAGCAACAACGCUGUAAGCAGUCACUCUUUGGCAAAGGGAUACAGCAUGAUGACAUUCAGCUGUCGAUAUCCAUUCCCGUGGAUAACUCCGACUUACCCACUAACUACAACAAGGCUCAAAUGGACCAUGUAGUAGGCGGUUCAUCGAAUGGCGGAAACAACACGCGAGCAAGUUGGAUACCGGGCUCCUGGGAAGCGUCCAUAGGUGGACCUCUGGGUGAGUUCUUCACCAACACCAGCAGCGCAUCAGACGACAAAGGCAAAAGCCGCCACCCGCCAUCUUUGAACCUCUUAGCUGAUGGACAUACUACAAGUCCACAGCUGCAAUCGCCCACCGGAGUCCUGCAGAUGACUAGCUUCAGUUCAGUGCCCAGCAGCACUGUUAGUAGUCCUGCAGGCAGCCUCUGCAAUGGCUUGCUCACUUCAGGCCUGGUGAAUGCCCAGACUGUCCAAACACUGUGAAACCGCCGGUCUGAUCAUCAGGGAACAGCCAUGAGGCUAUCUACUGAUGUUUUUGUCCCCAGAGCACACCCUGUAUGAUUUCCUAGCUCAUGUAUUAUUUUUCUUUAAUCUUUAUCACUUCAUGCUUUGAGUUCCCUCCGUUUUUAAGCGAGCGGUAAUGUGGUAUUGUACUAUCUCAGUUUCUUGUGGAAUUUGUUCUAUGUUGCUGACUGAAUUGUCAUAAUUUUUGUCAUGGCUGCUUAACCUGGUCU